GCACAUAUCAUCCAGGUGUGCCUGUCUUUCAUGAUGCUCUCAAGGGUUGGUCAUGUUGUAAGAGAAGAACAACAGAUUUUUCAGACUUCUUAAGCAUUGUGGGCUGUACAAAGGGUCUCCAUAACAGUGAGAAACCUCCAGAGCCUGUUAAACCAGAAGUCAAAACUACCUCUGAACGAAAGGAGCUAGCUGAACUGAAACCCAAAUUUCAAGAGCACAUAAUUCAGGCGCCAAAACCAUUGGAAACAAUUAAAAGGCCAAGCCCAGACGAGCCAAUGACAAAUUUGCAGCUGAAAGUGUCAGCGUCCUUGAAGCAAGCACUAGAUAAACUGAGACUGUCAUCUGAAAAUGAAGAGAAAAAAGAGGAAGACAGUGAUGAAAUCAAGGUUGGGACAGCAUGUAAAAACGCAGGCUGUUCAAAAACGUACGAAGGGCCACGCAGCACAGAAGAAGUAUGUAUAUACCAUUCUGGCGUACCUAUAUUCCAUGAAGGGAUGAAGUAUUGGAGCUGUUGUAAAAGAAAAACAUCUGACUUCAAUACAUUUUUAUCUCAAGAAGGCUGCACAACAGGGACACACGUAUGGACUAAAAAGGAUGCAGGUAAGAAAGUAGUUCCAUGCAGGCAUGACUGGCACCAGACUGGAGGAGAAGUGACUAUUUCUGUAUAUGCUAAAAACUCUGUUCCUGAUCUCAGCUAUGUAGAAGCAAAUAGCACAAUGUUAAAUAUCCAUAUUGUAUUUGAAGGAGAAAAGGAAUUUCAUCACAGUGUGAAAUUAUGGGGAGUCAUUGAUGUAAAGAGGAGUUACGUGAACAUGACGGCUACAAAGAUUGAGCUUACUAUGAGAAAAGCAGAGCCCCUAUUAUGGGCAAGUCUUGAAUUACCAGUAUCCAACACACAACAAAAAAAAGAUAAUUCAGAUCAAUAAUGAUUCCAAGAGACAAGUUAUUUCCCAUCAUGAAGUGGUGACUUGCUACUGUAAUCAAAUAUUUAACUUUUAUAUUGAUUAAUUUUUUUUUUAUGCUAGAUCGUAUGUUCCAUUCUACAAAGAAAUUUGACGCACAGUAAAAGGGGGUGUAAACUUGAAGGGUAACAGCUAUUUCUGCUCUUGCUCCCAUGAGUAUAUUUAUUCUAAUUGGAGUGUCUCCAUGGGGAUUUAGAGUAAAAGAGCUGUUAACCCUUUGCUUACAACCUUACCUACCAUGCACUGACUAUCCAAACAGAUGUGUUCUCAGUCCACUAUGUGUUAAUUUUUUAACUGUUCGGUUUAGGCUGGUUCUACUGGGUAGCACAUGUUGAAUUCAGCACUGUUACUAAGAAGCAUACAGUAAUCCAGGUACAAAAAUCUUGAGUUUAUGAAGUGAUUAGCAUGCAAUUCGACACUAGAAUAAAAAGGUGUCUAAACAUAAAUAUGAAAGAACACAUGUAGACUUGCAUUUUUGUCUUCUGAAAUUAAGAUUUGUUUCAAUACGUGUUGGCUCUGGAGGGAUGGAAUAAAUGGUAUUUUGCUA